AUGUUUGCUUUUUUAAUAGUUGGAAUUGCUGUACUUGCUGCAUGCAUAAUAGUUAUGGCUCCAUUUUGCCAUGCAGCUAUUAAAAUUGAAAACAAUCUUUGGAAUAAUUUGAGGAAAAAUGUACAUAAAAAUUAUUUUGAACUUAUCCAAUCAAGCCUCGAAAGGCUUAAAAAAGUUCAUUCUCAGGCUGAAGAUAUUCCUUAUAAUAGAAAUCCUUCUAAAAUUCCAUUUAACUUCAAAAAAUACUGAAAAUACCUAUGAAGAAUUUCCUUAUAUCUUAUCGUCAUAUUACUGUUUUCUAUUAUAAAUAUAACUUACCUAUAUGAAAACUGUUCUCAAACUCUAGCACAUCGUCCUGAAGUAAUACGAGAACUAAUCAAUAUGCAAAUUUUAUAUGUAACCUUAGGAAUAUGAGCUUCAGAAGCUGCAAUCGAGACCGUUGGCAUUUCUCUUAAAAAUCAAAUACCUUACUCAUAUCCUUUCCGUAACAGUUUAGCUUCAAUGACAGAUGCAAUGCUCAGAAUUAAAUAUUCGCAGUCUAUCAUAAGAAAUUCUAAAUAUUCUCACAUUUUGUCAAAAAAAUUUGAUAAAAUAUUUUUCGAAAAAGCUGACGAUUCAACUUGAGACGAAUUUGCAUAUGGGCUUUAUUCAGCUGGAGAAAUGACUUUAUUUCAUGCUGAUUUUGUUUCAGAUUCAUUUUCGGAGUUUUCUCAACUGUCACGAUUUAUGCUAAUCAUAAACGACUUAGAUUUGAGCUUUAAUGGGCUAAUCAGUGAAAUUGAUCAGUAUUCACAAAGUGUGAUUGAUGGCCAAAUUAGCGUCAUUAUAGGAGUUUUGGGUGUUUUUAUUAUCAUUUCGUUCAUUAUGUAUUUUGGGAUUUAUUUGUCGUUUUUUGUUGGAGAAAAAAAGUAUUUGAGGAAAAUUAAUUCUUUGAUGGAAAUAAUCCCAUAUCGCUAA